GGCAACGCCGCCAACAGUGACGCCCAGCAGAUGCUCGACAACUUCUGGCACAGAGAGAUCGACAACAUCAAGAACUUGGCUCAGACUGACUUCAAGAACCAAGAGUUACCGUUGGCUCGCAUUAAGAAGAUUAUGAAACUGGACGACGACGUGAAGAUGAUAUCAGCGGAAGCGCCGGUUCUGUUCGCAAAAGCGGCCGAAAUAUUCAUAACAGAGAUCUCAUUGAGGGCUUGGAUUCAUACGGAAGACAAUAAGCGGCGGACACUGCAGAGGAAUGACAUAGCGAUGGCCAUAACAAAGUACGAUCAGUUCGACUUUCUCAUAGACAUCGUUCCCAGAGAUGAACUCAAACCGACCAAAAGGCAAGACAACGACGCUCUGCGCGGCGCUGUGGCCACGACGGCGGCCGUACACCCGGAUCAGGUGCAGUACUACUUGCAAUUGGCGCAACAGCACCAGCAGGCGCUCCAACAUCAGGGCCCACAACAGGGCCAACAGAUCCAA